AUGGUAGUUUUAGCUGCAUCAAUUUGUACUAGGGGUGGGAAACCAUUAUUAUCUAGACAAUUCAGAGAUAUAUCUAGAGAUAGAAUCACAGCAUUAUUAGCAAAUUUUCCAAGUUUAAUUUCAAAUUCAUCAAAUCAACAUACAUCAGUUGAAGAUGAAAAUGUUCGAUAUGUUUAUCAACCAUUUGAAGAAUUUUAUAUUGUAUUAAUAACAAAUAAAACAUCAAAUAUUUUACAAGAUAUAGAUACAUUACAUUUAUUUGCUUCAACUAUAACAAAUUUAUUAAGAAAUAUUGAUGAAAAAGAAAUUUUUGAUAAUUCAUUUGAUAUUAUAGAUGCAUUUGAUGAAAUUAUAAAUAUGGGAUAUAAAGAAAAUUUAACAUUAAGUCAAGUUCAAACAUUUUUAGAAAUGGAUAGUCAUGAAGAAAAAAUUCAAGAAAUUAUUGAAAGAAAUAAAGAAUUAGAAGCAACUGAAGAAAGAAAAAGAAGAGCUAAAGAAAUUCAAAGAAGAGAAAUGGCAAAUAAACAAAAUCCAAUUGGUGGUGGCAACUUAAGUGGUGGCGGAUUAGGUGGUGGAUUUAAACAACAACCUACUUUUCAACCAAGUUAUCAACCUACUACUAUUGUUGAAACUAAUAAUACACAAAAUGAAACUAAAUCACCUUUUAGUAAUAGACCAAGAGGUGGUGGACUUCAAUUGGGUAAAAAACAAACAAAAUCAUCAGCUGCAGCAUCAUCAGUUACUGAACCAUUAUUAUCAAAUCAACCAGUAUUCAAUUCACAACCACAAUCAUAUCAACAACAACAAAUUCAACAACAACAAUCAAUAUCUAAAAGUGCUUCUCCUGCACCUUCAUUACAACAACAAAAAAUACCUAAUAAUGGUAUAUUAAUUACAAUAAAUGAAACAAUAAAUGCAAGAUUAACAAGAGAUGGAUCAGUAAUUUCAUCAGAUAUAAAAGGAAAUUUACAAUUAAGAAUUAAUGAUCAAAAAUUAUCAAAUUCCAAGAUAUUAUUAAAAAUUAAUGAAAAAAUUGAUAAAAAAAAUUUAAAACCUCAUCCAAAUGUUAAUAGAUCAAUUUUCACCAAAGAUCAUAUAUUAACAGUUAAAGAUAAAUCAAAAACUUUCCCAUUUAAUGAUCAAGGAUUAAAUAUUUUAAUGUGGAAAUCUACUGGUAAAAAUGAAGAUUUAUCAUUAUUACCAAUAACAAUUACUGCAUGGGUAAAUAUUGAUGAAAAUUUAAUAGCUCAAGUAAAUUUAGAAUAUGAAAUUACUUCGGAUUUUAUUGAUUCACAUCCAAAUCAAGAAGAUUUUAAAAUUGAAAAUUUAAAAAUUUUAAUACCUAUAAUUAAUGAAGAUUUAAUUUUACAAGAUAAUAAUGAUGCAGUUAGUUAUGAAAUUAUAGAACAAGGUACUGUUUUCAAUAUUGAAUCAAUUUCUUUAGAGGAGCCUCAAGGUAAUUUUGAAUUUUCAAUACCAAUUGAAGAAAAUGAAGAUGAAUUAUUUCCAUUAGAAAUUCAAUUUAAUAUUAAUAAUCAAAAUGUGUUAGAAAAUGAUGUAUCAUUAGGAGGUAUAUCUAUUAUUGAUGUUGUUACAAAUGAUGAUGAUGAAAAAUCAUUACCAUUUAAUUUACAUUCAAAUAUUAUAUCUGAAACUUAUAUAGUUGAAUAA